AUGAACAUAAUUGCCCAAAAUACUCAUCUUUUCUCUGCUGUUGUAGAUGUUGUUUUGUUCAAGUCGACGGUGGACCCUGCCAAUCAUCCCGUCCGAAAGCGGUUUAGGGCCUUGCAACCAUCCAAGCUCCGCUCGCCUCCGUUGGAGCCUUCACCAUCUCACUCUCUUUGCUCGACGCUCCUUUGCCGAUCCGCGUGUCUGUUUAGAUCUCGCUUCAGCCCUCUCUCCGACUGUUAUUUCUCUACCACCAACUCGAUCAAGAUGAAGCCCAUUGUCUCGGCGUUGAACGCCUGGUCCUGUGUUGUCAUCUCCCUCUUCGCUAUCGUUAUUCUCUCUGUCCUCGGAUCCUUAUUCAAUAGCAACAAUCAUGCGUAUACCGGCGCAGAAGGCGAGCCCGAAGAUGGCCCCGCUGUUGCUGCCUCGAUUUAUACUGCUGUGAUCGUUUAUGUUGGUUUCUUCGUCUUCUGCGCUUUCCAGGCCUACCUCCACAUCCGAGAAAGCCGAGGGGGUGCCAUAUCACUUCGUUGA